AUGCCUAAGCUCACUCAGUACAACUAUGUCUUCGCCAUCGGUACCUUCUUUGCCAUGCUUGAUGCAUACAACAACGGUGCUAACGAUGUCGCCAACGCGUGGGCUACUUCAGUCUCGUCUCGUUCGGUCUCUUACCGCCAGGCCAUGAUCCUUGGUACCAUCUUCGAGAUGGUCGGUGCCAUCACUGUUGGAGCCCGUACUGCCGACACCAUCAAGAACGGCAUCAUCCCCACCAGCGCUUUCAAGGGCGACGCCGGCGUCCAGAUGCUUGCUUUCACGUGUGCUCUGGCUGGUGCUUCCAUCUGGGUCAUGUGGUGCACCAAGCACUCCGCUCACGUUUCCUCCUCGUACUCGCUCAUCUCGUCUGUCGCUGGUGUUGGUGUCGCUGUCGCUGGUGCUAAGAACGUCCAAUGGGGCUGGAACAAGGGCAAGGGUCUCGGUGCCAUCUUCGCUGGUCUCGGAAUGGCUCCUGCUGCCUCUGCCUGCUUCGGUGCCAUCAUCUUCAUGUUGAUCAAGCUCACUGUCCAUCUCCGCAAGAACCCCAUCCCAUGGGCUAUCUGGACUGCUCCUUUCUUCUUCUUGAUCGCCGGUACCAUCUGCACGCUCUCCAUCGUCUACAAGGGAUCGCCCAACCUCGGACUGAACAAGAAGCCCGCGUGGUAUGUCGCUACCGUCACCGUCUCCUGCGGUGUUGGUCUCGCUCUGCUCUCGUUCCUCUUCUUCGUUCCUUACCUCCACACCGUCGUUGUCAAGCGCGAUCACUCUAUCCGCUGGUACCACGCCUUUAUGGGUCCCCUCCUCUUCCGCCGCCCUGCCCCCGAGGGUGUCGAGACUGCCAACGUUCGCGACUACGCUGUCGUUCAGGAAGACGACCACAUCAAGACCGGCUCUCUCAGCGACUCUGAGCACGGUGUCAUGGCUACUUCUGGGUCUCAGGAUGCCGAGAAGGGUGUUGUCGUUGCCGAGCACCCCCAGCUCAGCUACAAGGAUCUUGUUGCACAGGGACAGGAGCGUUUCCACGCCAAGCUCCGCGCGAAGACUGGUCCCCUUGCCUGGGCCAUGCGCUACCUUCACGAGAACAAGAUCCGCACUGGUGAAAUCUACGAGAGGCAGAACAUGUUGAUCACUCUCAAGCGUAUCCCUGCCAUGAUCAUGGUCGGUGCCCUUUACGGUGUCAACUACGAUAUCCACGCAGCUCAGACCGGUAUUCACGGAACUCCCGAGGGCGCUCGUAUGGAGCGCGUCUACAGCCACGCUAAGAAGUACUCCAACGAGGUCGAGCACACGUACUCCUUUGUCCAAGUUCUCACUGCCUGCACUGCUUCCUUCGCUCACGGUGCCAACGAUAUCGGUAACGCAGUUGGUCCCUGGGCAGUCAUCUACUCUGCCUGGACCACUGGUAACGCCGCUCAGUCCAAGGCUCCUGUUCCCAUCUGGCAAUUGGCUGUUCUGUCUGCCACCCUGUCUCUCGGUCUCAUCACCUACGGUUACAACAUCAUGAAGGUCAUGGGUAACAAGAUCACCUACCACUCUCCCAGCAGAGGUUGCUCCAUGGAGAUGGGUGCCGCUCUUACCGUCUUGAUCUUCUCGCAAUACUCCCUCCCCGUCUCAACCUCUAUGUGCAUCACUGGUGCCACCGUCGGUGUCGGUCUUUGCAACGGAACCAUCAAAGCCGUCAACUGGCAGCGAGUCGGUCUCCUCGUCUUCUCCUGGAUCAUGACCAUCCCCAUCGCUGGUACCAUUGGUGGUCUGUCCAUGGGCAUCAUCCUCAACGCUCCUCACUUUCCGUUAAGCAGCGGGCCGGGUCCUCACAAAAAUUGUUCGCUCGCUAUACCCUCUAUUAUUCACGCGCUUUCUCUCUUUCUCGCGCCAUAG